GUGAGGGCCAAAUGGGUGGAGUGUGGGGAACAGGUGUGAGCGGUGGGACAUAACAACCAGGCAGCAGCAGAGACGAUCCUCCUUUGGACCAGGUCACCAAGAAGACACAGGUUGGACAUGGCUGGGUACAAACAAAAGGUGAUCUCCCUCACUAAGAGGCCUGGUCAGACCUUUGGCUUCUAUCUGAGGGUGGAGCAUAAUGAGGACGGUCACCUGGUGCGCUGUCUGGAUAAGGGAGGUUCAGCUCAGCUUGCGGGCAUGAAAGAUGGGGAUCGUAUCAUCAGAGUCAACGGAAAAUUUACUGAUGAACUGUCCCACUUAGAAGUGGUAGAUCUGGUGAAAAACAGUGGAUUAACUGUUGCCUUCCAUGUCAUGGAUGAAGCUUCCUAUAAACAAGCAAAAUCACAAGGAGUGAACCUGUCCAAGCCCCAAACUGCACCGGCCGUCAACGGCGUGACCAAACCAGCUCUAAAGCCAAAACUGUGCCACCUGGUCAAGAACAGCUCAGGGUUUGGCUUCUCUCUUUCCUCAGUUAGAAAUGUCCCUGGUUUGUUCAUGAGUGAUGUAGCUUCUGGAGGUGUUGCUGCUAAAGCUGGGGUCAAGGACCACGACCGCCUGGUGGAGCUCAAUGGAGACAAUGUGGAAGAGUGCACACACGAACAAGUUGUGGACAAGAUUAAGAUGUCGGGAAGCGACAUAACGUUCCUGUUGGUUGAUGAGGAAACAGACAAAGACUAUAAAAACAAGCGUGGAAAGAUUCAAGCACACCAAGCUACAACCAAGUACCUCAAUCCAGAUCCACGUGUGAUCAAAAUCACCAGAGGAGCAGAUGGAUACGGUUUCCUGCUCAGAGAGGAGCCUGACCACACAGGUCACUUCAUCAACGACAUAGACAGAGGCAGCCCCGCAGAGCGAGCCGGGCUGAAGAAGAAGGACAGACUGGUGGCGGUGGAGGGUCAGGAAGUGGACAGCUGCAGCCAUGAGCAGGUGGUGGAUAUGAUCAGGCUGUGUGGUAACCAAUGCUGCCUCCUGGUGGUGGACAACGAAACGGAUCACAUAUACAAACAGGCAAAUGUGUCUCCUCUUAUUUACUGGGAGGAGAUGAACAAUUCAAACUCACCGCCCAGUUACACAGAGGCCAUCACCACGCCUGUUGCCAUGCGGCCUGCCACAUUGGCUCAAGAGAAGAAGAAGGAACUCAAACUUAAACUUUGCAGAUUGGAGAAAACUUCAGCCGGAUUUGGAUUUCGUCUCAACGGCGUCCAAGGCCUCUAUGGACAGCACAUCAAAGAGGUGGUGAAGGGCGGAGCAGCCGACAGAGCAGGCAUGGAGGAUGACGACGUAGUGGUGGAGGUGGAUGGAGUGAAUGUGGAACAGAGUACCCACGAAGAGGUGGUGGAUCUCAUCCACAGCAGCGGGUACUCUUUGGAGAUGCUGGUGGCAAGGAAGUUCGUCUUUGACGAACUCAAGGCAAACGGUGUGGCCAUCACACGUCUGCUGCUGGACCAGUCGUCAUCUGGUCAGGCUCCUACUGAAGGGAGCAGCUACAGGGAGGAGCAGAGACGCCAUGUGCAGGACAGACCUGAAACACCAACUGAGCAAGUCAGAGAGAGGGCAUCAUCAGUGUCAUCAUCAUCAUCUGAAGAAAGUUUGGACGAGAGACUCUGAGGCCUCAUCAUUCAGAGGCAGCUGCUGAUUCAGGAUUCCAUUGCUGAUCAGCUGUGUUUUUUUGUAAAUCACCUUAAUCACUUCAUCACAUGAGAGAAACCAGUGGACCACAGGUGAACAGGACUCCAAAUUCCCAAUUACCUCUAUUUAAGCAACUUUAAAUCCAGCUGUAGCUGCAUCAGCUGUCAACGCACUCACUUAAAGAACUGCUGAACUAGCAUAAUGUAAGUUAAAUCUCCCUCACCUCUUGGAUCAUCAGUAUUACCAUAAUGAAGGCUAGAAACUAUAGACAUGCAGCCAUGUAACGACCACUCAUCAUGAUGUUGGACUUUCUUUCUAAGUGCUGGCUUUAUUAAAGUAUUUAACAAUGAAA